UGCAGCGACUCUGCCGAGCCGGGAAGUGGUGCUGCCGGGCGGGCGAGCGGGGCCGGCCGGAGCGGGCCGGGCAGCGGCCGCCGCCGUCCCGGGGCGCGGCGCGGGGCGAGGAUGGAGCUGAACUCGCUGCUGAUCCUGCUGGAGGCCGCCGAGUACCUGGAGCGCAGGGACCGAGAGGCCGAGCACGGCUACGCCUCGGUGCUGCCCUUCGACGGCGACUAUGCCAGGAAGAAAACAAAGGCGGCAGGCCUGGUGCGCAAGGCCCCGAACAACAGGUCCUCGCACAACGAGCUAGAGAAGCACAGACGAGCCAAACUCAGGCUGUACCUGGAGCAGCUCAAGCAGCUGGUGCCACUGGGCCCUGACAGCACCCGCCACACCACGCUGAGCCUCCUGAAACGUGCCAAGACACACAUCAAGAAAUUGGAGGAGCAGGACCGCCGGGCGCUGAGCAUCAAGGAGCAGCUGCAGCGGGAGCAUCGCUUCCUGAAGCGGCGCCUGGAGCAGCUGUCACUGCCGGGCCUGGAGCGCGUGCGCACAGACAGCACCGGCUCGGCCCACUCCACAGACUCGGAGCAAGAAGUGGACGUGGAGGGCAUGGAGUUUGGCCCCGGCGAGCUGGACAGUGCCGGCAGCAGCAGUGACCUGGAUGACCACUACGGCCUGCAGGGUGACUGCGGGGGACACUGCGGCUUGUCCUAGGCCAGGCCCUGCGCGACCCUGCAGUCCUGCCAACUCCCUGGGCCCACUGCUGUGCCAUUCCAGAAGCUCUGAGCUGCCCGCACCCCUCCCCGGGGCCGGCAGCAGGUCUCAGAUCCCUAAUCAUUCCACAAGUAUUAAUGGGUGCCAGGGAAGCCCAGGAGGAGGCGAGCACUGCAGAAGGAGGCAGGAAGGCAGCAUGGACCCCAGGACCUACAAAGGGCGGGGUUGGGUCAGGAUCGGGUGAGCACCGGGAUGCUGGCCAGGCCCCUCUGCCCCUGUUGCUGGGCCCGCACCUGGCGCCUCAGGGCUUUGUCCCCCCUUAGAGAAGAUUGCUGCUCUGCCGAGGCCAGGCUCCCCCACAGGCUCCCCAGGCAUUCGCCGACUGUUUUUUACAGAGAGGGAAGGCUGGGAGGCUGGGGCGCUCCCUGCCCCCUUCCCUAUGAGAUUUUGUACUCUAUUUUCCUAGCUGUGUUGCGUCCUUGUGUGCUGAGGGGGCAGUGACCCAGCGUCUCAGGGACUCGUCCGUCUGUCCCCGUCACCCAUGUGUGCCUGUGCCCAUCUGCCCACCGUGCCCACCACCAGCAUCACCCCCAGCUCCCGGGACCCCCUUACCUGCUCUCCACGGGC